AUGGGUAAUCAAAUGGAUUCGAAGAUAUCCAAAAAAUCGUCUCAUUUAACAAAAGUAAAUCAGUAUAUUAGUAUAGGUGCAUCUGAUGCAGUUGGUAUUGGAACAUCUAAUCCUUCAAAAGAUGGUUGGGUUCCAAAAUUUGCAUCAUUAAUAUCAGCUGAACAAACGAUUAAUCUUGGUCGUAGUGGAUCAACUCUUAAUGAUGCAAUUGAACAACAAUUACCACGAGUAUUAGAUCAAAAACCAAAUGUUAUAACUAUAUGGUUAGCUGUUAAUGAUUUUAAUCAACAAGUAUAUGAUAGAUCAAUUUUAACUAGUUAUACAUCAGAUCUUAAUGAUAUGUUAUCUCAAUUACGAGCUAAAUUCGGUUUAGAUACACGAAUUCUUGUUGGAAAUAUUCCUGAUUUAAGUAAAGUUCAUAUUUAUACAUCACUUGGAAUCCCUAAAUUGUUAUUAACAUUACAAGUAAAACGAUGGAAUGAUGCAAUUAAAAAAAUUGUUAAAAAAAAUCGAUGUGAUCUCGUUGAUUUACAUUCACAUUGGAAAGAAUUAGGUGAUCAUCCUGAAUAUGUUUCUUUCGAUGGUUUUCAUCCAUCUUCUGAUGGUUAUCAAAGACUUGCACAAGUAUUUUAUCAACAAUAUUGUAAAUAA